AUGACCGUCUGUGACGAUAGCAGCGACCCAGAUUGGCAGCCGUUGGCAAAUAAUGUCAGAAUAAAGCCCUCAGAAAACACCAGCUUCGUCGUCGUCGAUAUCCGGAACAAGCAAGGUGCGAGUUUUGUCAACGAGUCGGAGAACAACGAGUAUGUCGGCGGGGUUGGAACAGACGAACAAGGGAAUGUAGUAAUGAUCCCUUGGAAUCAUGGCUGGUAUUACUAUACCAUCGGCUCCCUCCGGAUAGGACUCGAUCGCUUGUUGGGCAUCUUGAGCCAUACUACACACUUUCCGUUUGUUGCUGUGGCGCAACAUGAUCAUCAGAAGUGGUGCCUGAUGGAUCUCAGUAUAUUUGCAAUAAAGAGUGUAAAGAUUUUUACGCACCUGGAAUAG